UAAAAUAACGCCCUGUAGGUCUACAUGCACAGUCAUAAUUACUGAAUCGUGUAAAGUGCAACAAAACAUCAUUUUUCAUGAGCUUAACUUGUUGUGAUUCGUGCCUUUUCAUUCGAAUCUUUCCUUUUCGUACGGUGUAUUCGAAAGUGAGGCACUGACCUACUUUUAAAAUGGCUGGCGAGGUUGUUGUAGACGCGUUGCCAUAUUUUGACCAAGGUUAUGAUGAGCCUGGCAUACGAGAAGCGGCCUUGGCGCUAGUUGAAGAGGAGACUAGGAGAUACAGACCAACAAAAAACUACCUGGAAUAUCUCCCACCACCUGUGUAUAAUGCAUUUGAGACUGAAACAAUUAAGAAUGAGAUGGAGAGGCUACAGGCCAGGUUGCCAAUGGACAUGCUUAGUAUGAAAAGGUAAGAAAGGCUAGUGUAAAAUAAAUGAAAGCUAACAGUAUUAUUCAAUGCUUUUAUAGAUUCUAAUAUUUUAGAAAUAAAUGCUUUACAACCCAAAAUAUAUGAAAUUUACUGUUAUGAUAAUAAAUGGUUGAAAGGAUGAGUGAACAUUGUUUUCAUCACACGGACAACUGUUGCAAGUAUAGCCACACUGUGACCAUUCAGUAGUAAUAUUUACCCUUUCUACUGUUGGUAGGGUGUCAUUAUUUUUUGAAAUUGUAUGAUGAUGAUAAAGACAUGAAAGAGGGGAAUAUCCCAGAAUACAUAGAUGAACUUAUAUUUCCAUAUAAGGAUAGAGGCUCAUCUUGACAUAAAGAUAGGCUCAUCUAUGAAUUCUGGGAUAUUUCCUCCUCUUGUAAUGAUACAAUGUUCCAGAUAUGAACUUCCACAGCCCCCUGGUGGCAAGAUGACAGACAUCUCAGCCUGGACUGAAUGUGUAGAGAACUCACAAGCCCAACUUGAACACCAGGCUUUGAGAAUCCAGAAUCUAGAGUUGAUGUCAAAGUAUGGAGCUAGUAUGUGGAAGAGUCACAAUGAUAUCCUGGUGGGAAUGUCUGAGGAUGCACAGAAACAGCUCAACAAAAUAAGGAAAGACAUACAAGACGUAAAUUGGCAAAGAAAAAAUGAGCAGACCAAAGCUGGUGGAAAAUUAAGGCAGCUGGAAGAAAGCUGGGUAGGAUUAGUAAGUAAAAACUAUGAAAUAGAGCGAGCUUGUGUGGAGCUAGAGAAAGAAAUACAAGAAGAAAAAAGACAAAAAAGUUACAGAUAGCGAAUGCUGAAGCUGUAGCUGGUAACAGGCACACUCAAUGAUGGAUCUCAGCUCCAAGGAGAAUGCAAGGAGAAUUCACAGUUCAAACAGACAUUUCACUUAACAACAUAAUUUGGAUGCUGUUUGAUAAAAUAAGGCUUUUGAUAGAAUAGUUACUCUUACAUGUACCACUGAAAAAGUUGUAAGCCUAAACAAAGAUAUUUUUUGUACUAUAAGAUAAUAAAAAUAUAAAAAAAAACAGUUGUAUAGUA